AUGAACAUCAAUUUAACGUUUAUCAAUUCGACAUUUGUGAAUUUGGAGAAUCUGAGCAGAGACACUUCCAUUUCCAUCGGAAAAGGCAUCACCGUCUGUUCGGUGAUAAUGAAUGCACUUGCUAUUUUUCUGAUCGUUACCAAGUCGAGAAAAGAGACGAAGGCGUACAAAACAGCUCUGGUGACUGCUCACGUGAGUGCCCAUCUCAGUGGUUCGCUCAUCCGAUGCCCUUUUCAGUCGCUUCUGUGUCUUGCCCAAUUCCAAUGGGGAUUUCUCAUGUGUAUCGUCCCCCUCUUCCCCUUCCCCGCUUUCAUUUUCUACGGAGUUCUUAGCAGUUUCAUCGAUGUGAUCCUUCUGAUCCAAGUCUGGAUUUUCAUAAUUGUUAGUUUUCUCUGGACCCUAUUCGGAACUCUUGUUAUUCGGCUGCGAAUGGUCGUCCGCAGGAACUCGUUCACGAAUGUGAGAAGCCGAAGAAGAUGUAACGUCAAGGAAAAAAGCAAAUAUUUCAGUUUUCAUCCCGCACUUACUACAUUGUCAGUAUCAGUUCGUACCUUUUUUGCGUUAUCACCGUUGUUAUUCUGUUUGAAGUUCUCAGAAAACCGCCCGAAGAAAUUGAGGCUUUCAUAGCAUGGGUACUCUCUAAUUUUCCCCUUCUCCAGCUAAUAUCUCGUAUUCAGAAGUAUCCAAAGUACAGUAAUGUUUCGAGAGAUAAUUAUCUGCUCGUGGUGUCCGAUAAAACCACUCUUCAUAUCAGUGCCCUCAGUUGCAUUCUCAUCGCCGCUGCUCUGGUUGCUGUAAGUCCGUCCGCCAGCUCAUUUCCGAUAACGUCUUCAGUGUUAUAUUACUUUGAGCAUCUCAAUAUUCGUAGAAGUGAGGCAUCGGGUGAAUUCCAUGAGUGCUGCCCUGCAGAGAUAUCAUCUGAAAGUGCUGAAAGACAUUGUUUUACAGGUUCGGAUUCUAGAGCAUUCAAGCAUUUUCUUUCCUCUGUUCCUUUUUCAGAUCAUCAUCAAACUCGUUACUUUCACAUUUUACCCGAUUCUCAUUGUCUCUCUUUACUAUGUGUCUCCAGAAUACAACUGCAUAAGUGAUGUUGUGUCUAAGUCGACAUUUCCCUCAUUCCCACUUUUCCAGAUCUCACAAUGUUGCUGUACAACGUCUUCGUUGCCGCUCCGAUCCCGGGUACUGUAGUGUUGAUCGUUCAGACGCCGUCGUAUCGACAAUUCCUGUUUAAAACAUUCACACGUGUCAAGGCGGUCGAACCCGUGUUUAUUCUGAAUCACAGAUCUUCUUCUUUUCUGUUCUCGUAA